AUACAAAAUCAAACACUUCUUAGAAAAGUGAUUUUAUUUAUUGCCUACACCACCACGUAUGUACUAUUCUCGAGGAAUCCUAUUCAAAAACCAUUUCAUCAACCGGGAAAAUCUCUUUUCAGUUCUACACUCUUUUCUCGCCGGAAAAUCCGCAACUCCGCUUAUCACCGCCAGAACGCCGCCGUCACGCCACCGUCUCUGCCCAUUUUCCUCUUCUUCUCCUUCGAUGGCUGCUGAAAUUGUAAAUGGGCCAACCCAUUUUGAAUUGAAUACUGGCACUAAGAUUCCAUCAGUUGGUCUUGGUACCUGGAAAGCUUCUCCUGGUGAAGUUGGCCAAGCUGUUAUUCAAGCUAUUAAGGCUGGUUAUAGGCAUAUUGACUGUGCUGCUGUUUAUGGUAAUGAGCAAGAGGUAGGCAAGGCCCUUAAAGAGUUAUUUGACAGUGGAGUAGUGAAACGUGAAGAACUCUGGAUCACAUCAAAGCUCUGGUGCAGUGACCAUGCUCCUGAAGAUGUCUCCAAGGCCUUGAGCAAGACUCUCAAGGACCUGCAGCUCGACUACAUUGAUUUGUAUCUUAUUCACUGGCCAAUUCGCACUAAACCAGGCUUGGAGGGACUUAGUGCUCCUGUUUUGGUUCCUCUGUGCCUUCCUGAAACAUGGGCUGCAAUGGAGGGUUUAUAUGCUUCAGGUCAGGCACGUGCCAUUGGAGUGAGCAACUUCUCCACCAAGAAGCUUGAAGAUUUGCUUGGGUAUGCUAAGGUUCCUCCUGCUGUGAACCAGGUUGAAUGCCACCCAGUCUGGCAGCAGCCGGCCCUUCACAAUCUGUGCAAUUCUGCUGGUGUUCAUCUGACUGCCUAUAGUCCAUUGGGAUCUCCAGGGAACUGGAUCAAUGGGAAUGUCUUGAAAGAACCAGUAGUGAUUGAAAUUGCUGAGAAGCUUAACAAAACACCUGCACAAGUAGCCCUUCGCUGGGGAAUUCAGAGUGGUCAUAGUAUCCUUCCUAAGAGUGUAAAGGACUCACGGAUCAAAGAGAACUUCAGUGUUUUUGAUUGGUCGAUUCCAUCAGAGCUCUUCUCCAAGUUUAGUACCAUCCCCCAGCGAAGGCUGCUGCGUGGAGAUUUUGCAAUUCAAGAAAAUGGCCCUUACAAAAGCGUGGAGGAGUUAUGGGAUGGCGAAAUUUAAUGGCAGUAAAAUGUCUUCAUUUUCAAUAAUAAACCCUUUUUUUCUUAUUAGUAGAGUGAACAUGUGCAUUAGCACGGAUAUAUUCAUAUAUCCAAUUUUCUAAGAGAGAUGAUUUGACUUAAAAUGUGGAAGUUUAAGAAUUGAUGUGUUUAUCUACAUAAGUCUGGAACAAUUAAUAUAGUAAUUGUUUCGGACUUUUGAUUA